GGCGAGCGCGGCCCGCGCGGCCUAUCCGAGAGGCGCCUCCGCCCCGCCGUGCCCGGGGCUCUCCGCUCGCCCGGGGCUCUCCGCUCGCCCGGGGCUCCCCGCCCGCCGCCAUGAAGCUCGUCAGGUUUCUAAUGAAGCUGAGCCAUGAGACUGUGACCAUUGAGCUGAAGAAUGGGACGCAGGUGCAUGGAACGAUCACAGGAGUGGAUGUCAGUAUGAACACACAUCUCAAAGCAGUGAAAAUGACACUGAAGAACAGAGAGCCCGUACAGCUGGAGACACUGAGCAUUCGAGGGAACAACAUCCGCUACUUCAUUCUGCCGGACAGUUUGCCUCUGGAUACUUUGCUAGUGGAUGUUGAACCAAAAGUCAAAUCCAAGAAAAGAGAAGCAGUUGCUGGAAGAGGCCGUGGAAGAGGCCGUGGCAGAGGCCGAGGUCGUGGAAGAGGAAGAGGAGGCCCAAGACGAUAACUUCUCAUCAUAUUCUGGGCAAUUUCUGGGCAAUUACCAUAUUCGAGGCAAUUUGAGGUUUAUUUUGUACAGGUCUUGUUUAUGGUAUCCAUUUUUUAAUAAAAUGAAAUGUGAAAAGAUGUAUUUCCUUUGAUAGCAAAGCUUGGGGAGGGAGGCAGGUGUGUCCUGUUUCUAAGGCUGUUGCCAGACUUCACAGAUCUUGGUUGUCAGUGUCGAGAUUUUGCCCACCCCUGGGGGCUGUACAACUCCUCUUGCUUUUUGCCCCUGAACAAGAGAUUUGUGUUGUGCUUCAGCAGGGUUUGAAAUUAAUCCCUCUUUUCUAAGGCACUUGCCAUCUUCUAAUGGUUCCAUAGUCAAGACACUGUAUUAAGAACCCCUGUCCUGUGUGUCUCUAAUACUGUUCUUCAGAGCAACAUUUUCUAAAGUUUAUAGAUACAAUUUUAAUGUUUUUUAUUACAUGAAGCUUGCAAUUUAAAUGUUGCUUUCUUUAUGAAAUAUUUACACGGGGAAAUUGACCAAGUCCAUGGGAACUGCUGGAUUGCUGUAUCUGAUGAUUAAAGAAUACCUGGAUAUG